AAAAGAGAUGAGGCGGUCUCAUCUAUUCUCGUCGGAGCUGGCGACACUUGUGACACAUUGGCUAGUAAAUGUGGUAUAGCAACAACUGAGCUUGAAGCAUAUAGUACAGAUUUUUCUCUUUGCACAUCCUUACAAGAUGGAAAACCAAUUUGCUGCUCAGUUGGUACACUCGAACUUCCCCCCAGACAGGGAAGUAACGGUUCUAUCUCCCAAGGAUACGUCACCACCAUAGAUGAGCUAGAGAGUUAUAACAAGGCGACAUAUGCUUGGUGUGGAUGUGAUGAAUUAGUGUUGGGUGGGUUUAUGUGCUUGAGCUCUGGUACGAUUCCUAUGCCAGUGGCGAUUCCACAAGCAUUUUGUGGCCCUCAAGUCCCUGGUACUGCGCGUCCAGAUAAUAUGUCUGAUUUGAGCUCCCUUAACCCAUUUUUGUCUCAAGAUGAAAAGUUACUACGCAGUCGACAAUGCCUGCACAAUAAAACUCGACAACGCAUUCUACAUCGACCACACAUUCAACCUCGACCUCGACCACGCAUUAAACUUCAACAGCCAAAUCCUCCACUACAAGCACAAAAACAUCAUCGGAUAAUUCAUCUACCGCCUUAUGGAUUACCACUAUCUACAGCGAAGGUAACUGUGAAGGCGAUUAUUAUGUGCUACAAGGCACAAACGAGAACAUCAGCAGGGGGGACAUAUCAACCAACUCCUCCGAUACCAAGCCCUGGUGCCGGUGGUACACAAAUGGAGGGUUGUCUUGGACAAGCUGCGAUCAGAGCAACACAACAACGCCUGGCUUAUUUUGGUUCACAAAAACCGAAUGCACAAUCUAUAAUAAUCAUGACUGCGAUUCUGCUGGAGAUUCCGGGAUAUUGGGGUCUGAAUGUGGCCUAA